AUGCUCUCCUUGACUUACAUCUUAGCUGUAUUGGUGUUUAUCACCAACUGUAAUGCAGACAGACCCAUUGUUGAGAUCUCUACCGGUACACUAAUCGGUACUGUGGAAGAAUUCAGCAGUGAAUUCGUUGACGGUAGUACACGAACUGUACAUGUCUAUAGGGGUAUACCGUACGCUGAGCCACCGGUCGGUGGCCUGAGGUUUGCACCGCCUAAACCCAAGACACCGUGGCAAGGAGAGUACGAUGCCACCGAUUUCCGUACUGCGUGCAUACAACCGGACUCCCCGGGGAUCCCCAUCGACAAGAUACAAGACGAAGAUUGCCUGCAUAUUAAUGUAUACGUGCCGCAGCCACGGAAAGCUAACACUCCUGUGAUGUUCUGGAUCCAUGGAGGCGGCUUUAAUGUUGGAUCCGGAACGAGGAUGUACGACUCAACGAUACUGUCGUCAUUGAAUGACGUCAUCGUAGUCACCAUUAAUUAUCGAGUGGGGCCGCUUGGAUUUCUUAGUACAGGUGAUGACGUAGCCUCCGGUAAUUAUGGUUUCCUGGAUCAAGUAGAAGCACUUCGUUGGGUCCAGCAAAAUAUUGCAGCCUUUGGCGGUGAUCCCGAUACUGUUACUAUAUUUGGCGAGAGUGCUGGAGCGGCACUGCAACAAUGCCCCGGAUUAUUUCUGUCCGAUGCAUCCAAGACUAACAAGAUAGCACAUGGUCAGGGUAAACUUGUUGGAUGUGAGAAAGACAACAGUAAAGAGCUAAUUGAAUGUCUUCGUACUGUACCAGCUGACAAGUUUAGAGAUGUGUCUGACGUCACAAAGGUCGUUUUUGAUAUAGGAACUCUAGUACCAUUCACACCAACUAUCGAUGGCCAUUUUAUACACGAAGAUCCCAUGGAAUUGAUCGCGAAAAAAGCUUUCAAUAGCGAGGAAUUGAUGAUUGGAAAGAAGCAAGCUGUCUUAGAUACAAUUAAAUUAAUUUACGUUGACUGGGACCACGCUGAUGAGGAGAAUGCCAACUACCUGUCAGCGUUGAGUCAGAUGGCAGGGGAUAUGAUAAUGGUUUGUCCCACUGACAUAGCUGCACGUGCACAUUAUGCAGCAGGGCUUGCCACGUAUCUGUACCAGAUGACGCACGUACCAGCAAAAUCACUAUGGCCUAUUAACAGCAAUACGGCAAAGCAUGGAGAUGAUAUCAGUUUUACGUUUGGUUACACCCUGCUCUCCGAGAAGCAGCUUGCCCUUGGUGGUGACGAGACGACAAUAUAUAAGCAGACACCAAAUAAGGAUGAUAUACAUGUGACUUUAAAAAUGAUGAAGUACUGGACGAACUUUGCCAAAACAGG